AUGUUCAUGUUACUUUUAAUCAAUUUCUUUCUAUUUUAUAUAACAUACGCAGUUACCACAAAACAUUGUUACGCGUUUGAUAGUAAUGAUGUUUGCAUUAGAUGUACUCAAAACUACGUCCUCAUUAAAGGUGAAUGCACCAACUCACAAUCUGCUCACUGUGCUUUAAUUGACGAUCAAAGUCGAUGUCUUGAGUGUUUCCCGGGUCACAAAUUUGACUUUACGACCAACAAGUGUGUUUCUGGAGAGGACAAUUGUUCCGAGUAUUAUUUUAACGACCAAGAUGUUUUGACCUGCAAAAGCUGUGUUUCCAAUUUCACUCUUUUUGACUCAAAAACGUGUGGAAAUUGCUCUGGUCUUAACGACGGAUGUCUCAAAGGUACCACUGACUGCAAAACGUGUACCGAAUGUGCAGAUAAUUAUAAACUCGUUAAUAACAAAUGUGAAUUGUAUCAGCCAAAUUGCCAGAAAUAUGAUGUGAACACUCAACAGUGUGUUAAGUGUAUUGAUGGCUAUUUUCUUUAUGAAAGAAUUUGGAAGUGUAUUCGUGGCGAAAUAAAUAACUGCUUGGUUUAUAAAACAGAGACUGAGUGCAGUGUGUGCGAGACAAGUUAUUUUGUUAUCAACAACAAAUGUGUUAAAAAAGCUGGAUGUACUGAAGUGACAAAUACACAAUGUUCUAAAUGUGCAUUUGGAUAUUCUUUAAUCAACAGCGAGUGUCACAAAUGUGUUUCUGAUUGUUUAAAGUGCACUGAAAACGCUUGCUUGGAGUGUACUGAUAAAUACAUUUUAGAAGGAACUACAUGCAAGAAUUGCACUGAAAAGAUAUCUCAUUGUGUGACAUGUUCUCAGACGAAAUAUGAAUGUGAAGAGUGUGAAAGUGGGUAUGGGCUUGUCACUGGUCAACGAUGUAUUGCAUAUCCCGAUGCAUGUACAAGUGCUGAAGAAUUCAAUACACAACUUUCUUGUACUUCUUGUAAAGAUGGGUAUCAACUGACUUUAGAAAGUCCGAGUCUGUGUAUUAAAUGUGGUGUUAAUUGUAAAACAUGUGAAGCAUCAACUCCUUCGCAGUGCAAAACAUGUUUAGAAGGAUAUAUAUUAGUUGGUACAACAUGCACUAAAUGUGCCGAUUCAAAUUGUGGAGUUUGCACCACAACAACAACUUCAAGUUGCACUGACUGUAAAAAUGGAUAUUACAUGGACGGCACAACAUGUAAGUCUUGUGCUUACAACUGCGAUAAAUUAACAACAAAAGAUGAAUGUGAUAAAUGUGAAAGUGUGUGUAAAUUUUAUGGAGACGUUAAUGGCGUGUGCAGAGAAGAUUUGUAUUGUCUUGAAUAUGACAUUGAUCGAGAUGUGUGUUUAAAGUGCCAACAAACAUAUUACUUAGACAGCAAUUAUAAAUGCAAGAAAUGCACAGAGAAGUGCAAAGAUAGAAAUUGGUGUGUUGACAGUGACAGUUGGUGUGUUAUGACAUAUGGUGUUGAAAAUUGUCAGGUGCAAGAUAACAGAGGAAUUUGUACUGUAUGUGAUGAUAACAUGAAAGUAAAUAACAGUGGAAAGUGUGACCCUUAUUUUAGGUGUGUUGUCAGAAAUAGUUUAGGAGAAUGCACUGAAUGUUAUGCGUUUAUUGAUAAUGGAGAUUACUAUUAUACACCAGACAAAUAUGGUGUUUGCUAUUUGGGUGGUGCGAGAACGAUAUCCAUACUAUUUUGGAUGACUAUGGUAUUGCUAUAUUUCAUUUAA